UGUAAUUAGUACGCAAAAUUGUUAAUCGUCGCUAGGUUGGCAGCCUUGGCGCAAGGCGUCUCGCGUCAUCUUGUCGUCUGCAUGAGGGUGCGAGUGACAGUUCGUCCGUGUUAUUGACAUUUGGAUGCUGACGGAAACUUGCUGCUCACGAGAACGAUCCUUUGUCGCGUACUACGGGUGACUGCGCGAGUCCGACGGCAGGCGCGCGCAAUGUCGCGAUGCCUUGUGCGAUAUUGUGAGAGCCGACCGCGGCCGAAGCGAGCGACGGUACUCGAUCGAACGUCCUCGUCGAUGCCGUAUUCGUGUGGCCUCGGCCUGCUGCUCGGUCACUUCUCGAAUCCUCUCGUCGAACACGAUCCGUGAUAGCGCGCCGUUUUUCUCCGCGUCUCUUCGGCAUCUGUCAUCCCUCCUGUGACACACGAUGUGACAAUCUCGCCCGCCGAUUGAAACGAUCGAAUCGAUUACCGCGCGCGUUCGACGUCUCGUCGUCAUCGUCGUCCUCGCCGUCUUUUCGUUUACUACCUGUCAACGACGACGGGGAGUAUACCGAUGAUUUUUCGCCGAGUUGCGACACGGGAAAUCAGAAGUGGUCUGCGCUGGCGAAUCUUCGAUCUUUAGCGAUUUUUUCACGACGCGUCGACCUCAUUACUCGGAUUUUUCCUGGUGUAACGAUUACAUCUGUCGAUAAUUGCCGAACGGAAAAUUUUUCCGCAACGAGACUUGAGCGUUUUUUUUUCUCACCGAUGUGUUUUCCUUGAAAAAAAAAAAAAAAACAUUUGUUGACACAGUAUUGUUACGAGUAUUUGAAUUUUUUUAAUGAGAAUUUCCGCAAAAAAUGUUCAACAAUCAAUUUUUAACGACAAAUCCUUGAUUAAUAUAUUGUUGUUUUUUUUUUAAUAACUGAUCGUUUAUACAUGUACAUCCAAGAACGGGCACGAAGCGUGAAUUUACUGGAAAUACUGCGAUUUUUCUCGUUGCAAGAAAAGUGUGCGAAGACGUUAAAAGGAAGAUGUAAGGGAGAUCUUAUCUCGAGGGGGAGUCGAACUUUACUCUCUGCUUCGUAAUUGAAAAGCGAAAUACGCCAUCAGAGAAAAGAGCAAAGAGUAAUAGAGAUUUCGGCAUGAUCCGUGGCGAGGAUAGAGCUUAUUUGGAAAAUUUAGGCGGGGUAGUGGAGGCAUGGAAGCCGAAGCCGGCCAACCGUCUCUUCAGAGGCUCUUUAGAAGCAACCUGCCGUCGCCGGGAGUACCCGGUCUAGACGUCAUAAGAGCUCUUCAUCAAACGGUUGUGUCGUUGCGUUCGGCCCUGGACUCGUCGCGCGAGGAACUACGUCGAUUGCAAGAGAGCGUCGGAAAGUUUUCCGGCGAGAACUACGUCGACGCGGUCGGCCGUCUGGCUCUUGAAAAUCACGUUCUCAGACGAAAAAUCCUGAACAGAAACAACGAGUUCUCGAGCGAUGUAGCGACCAGUCCGCCGUUUCAGUCGAAACACGUUCGGCUCGUAGAAACUCAUAUGGACAGAGAAUCGACGGAUUCUGUGAAUACCAUCAUGGAUGUGUCUAAAAAGAAAACUGCUACCAAAGCUCAGGAUGUAUCUAAUCAGCCUGUCUCUGAACAGAGCAGCAGUAGCAGCAGCGGCAACGAGAGUCCCGAUUUGCCUUCUCGCGCCGGUCGAUCUGACAAGUUGCAAUUUUCAUCGAAAUCCUCUACGACCGCGAUCACCAAGGUCACAACCAGAGGCACCGAGACAGUGUCCGCAACGUUGAGCAUCUCUCAAAGUGAGAAUUACAAAUCCUCGACCUCGACAACGAACAUGACCGGCAACGAAAGCGAGUCUCGAGUGGAAAUUACGGGCGAUGUAAUUAAUGUGGAUCAUUUGGAUGUCCCCGAGAAGGAUCUCGAAGACUUGAGUCUAAAAUCCAUCUCCGACGGCGACAAUUCCGUGUUCAGUGAUCACGCGGAUCAGUCGCAACCGCCUCGACAGGGUCAACCGGCCGACUCGACGAGGCCGAACGAACACUCGGAAAACGAAUCGGAAGAGUUGGACGAUAUCGAAUUGAUAUUCACAACGGAUGAUACCUGUCGCGAUCUCGGCCUGCAGGAAGAUCUUGUGUCCAUCACGGAGACGGAAUCCUGGCAGCAGACAGGUGCGGGUAGCGGACAACCUGUCUUACUCAAGUAUACCAAGUCGGCGGAAGGCGAGUCGUUGGUUUGCAACGGCGAGAAAACCAGCUCCGUCGAGGAGGCCGUCUCCUCUCAGAGUUCCAGCAUUGAUCGCGAAGAGAGCGUCGACAGAUUCGACGAGAGUUCCAGCACCAGGCUUAACAAAAUGUGGUCGCAAUGCUCUGUCCUGGUUGAGACGGACAUUAGUAAAUGCGGCGUGGUGGAAGACGCUGACAACUCAGUGGGAUCGUCCUUACGACACGCCACGAGAAGAAAUACUUUGGCUGCACCGCCAACGGCUUACAGACCCAUUAUUCAUCGGGAAGCUCUAGCUAGUAGCCGGAGAAAAAGUUCUACUCCUUUGCGGCCAGUAAUGGACCGUUGCAGCGGCGCCCGAAGAGAAUCCGGCGCCCAGACGGAUAUUUCCGCGCUUCCGGCACAAUGGCGAUCCGAAAGCUAUCUGGCACACAAAGUCGCGCAUACUUUUACGACGCUGCCCAGCAAGUUUGCAUUACCAACGGGGGUGCCUGGUCGACUGAGACUGUCGGACAAAACCCGGGAAGCAAGAAGAGUGAUGUUAUCGGACAUUAGUUUCACCAGCAUGGUGCCAGAGUUGUCGAGAAGCGCAGAUCACCUGUGCCAUGAUCCACACGCGCAGACAUGUUUCAGUUUGCGUGGCUGUGGCCUUCGUACACCGGAAGUUCAUAGACGUGAAUCUCUGGGUUCUUCCGCGGGAUAUUGGCCUCGUUGCAAUCCUGCAACGGGUCUGCCGAGUCCCUGCGACUGUCGACUGUCGACCGAUCUCUAUCCCUCACGAUAUCGCGGUUCUCUGACGUCGAUACCGUCGCCCGGUCUCGAAGUGGUUGGCGGUCCUCCACGGAGACACUCCUGGAGAGCAACGGCGGCGUCCUUCGACACAUGCACAUGGCGAGCUCCAGUCGCGACUUCCACACCACGCCCGACGUGGUCGAUGCCGUCCUCUCCGACGCAUGUGCAUCCUCCGUCGACCUCCGCUAAAACUUCGAAAAGCGCACCAAAGAGAACGCGAUCCAAGGUUACCUUCCAAGACUGUCUAAUGACGCGGGGUAGCCUGCCCAACUUGCGCUCGGAUUCGAUCGGCGGUGAAAACAGCGGAGACUCCACCGAAUCGUUGAUCGACGAAGCCGAGGAUUAUCUGCGGCGUAGUAUAGACUCCAUGCUGACGAUAUCGAGCGCCAACACGGACUAUUGGUGUAAACACACAGCAAGACGAAGAAGAAUACGACGGCAUUCUGAGCCCGAUCUGAUUCGCGAUUGGCACCCUCCCCAGGAUGCUAGGCCAUAUUUGCCAAAGAUACCAAGAGAUCUCAAGCUGGAUCACCUCGUAAAGGUCAUAUCGCCGGAAGGUAGGGUCCUUCAAGGUCGCGUGAGAUACGUAGGUCCCGUUCCGGGUCGAGAAGAUGUGCAUGUAGGUGUAGAAUUGCCAUACGCUAAUGGUUCGUCCGACGGUACUUUCCACGGCAGAAGAUACUUCGAUUGCGAGUCGGAUCGAGCAAUUUUUGUACCGUUCAAAAAAGUGGUGCUUGCUUGGUGCACUACUUGACCCGAGGCCCCGACCCUCGUGGUCACUCCUCGCAUUCUACUCUCUCAAGAUACCAUGUAAGGAAAAUUUGGCGACGACACAUGAUGGAUUAUCACCACACAGCCGCACAGAUAGUAGUGUAAUAAAAAUUCUGCUAUAUCGGUGUCCUUUACUGAUGAUUUUAAUUUUUUAAGAAAAUUUCUUAUAUGGAUAUAGAACAAGUUGGUGAGGUUUCAUGGUAAAUCUUUCUAAUCUACAGCGAUUACAAGAAAAAAAAAGCAAAACACAUGCUUAGAGAUAAAAAUUGUACAAGUUUUCGUCAAAUUUUAAAUAUUACAUACAUUGAGAUAUUGAUAGAACAUGUUGUAAUCGUUUAAAAGUUUCAGAACAAGUUUUAAGAGAGACGUGAAAAACCAUGAAAUAUCACAAACUUCUGUUACUACAUUAAUGUGAUUAUAUAUACAUGAUGUACAUAUGCAUACAUAUACACACACGUGCGCGCGCGCGCACAAACACACACACACACAAACACACACACCGCAAACUCUCAUAAUGUUCAACGUGAUGCCAUAUGCCAAAAAGAUAAAAACUUGUCAAAAAACUUCAUAAAACUUAAAUAUAUUAUUGUGUUACUGACGCUCUAAAUAUAAGAGAUCACAUUUUGUUCCAUGCUUAAAAAAUGUGUAAUUUGAGAGAAAGGUGAGGGAAUCAAAAUCACAAAUUUUAUAUAACUGAAGAUUUUAAAUAUUUAGAUGUAGGAGUCAGCCAGUAAUUCAGUUUUAGAAACAAUAGUGCAAAUUAUCGAUAGUUUCUGUCAAUAAUUCAGAGGCUACGUGUGCAGCAAACGCUGAUAUUUUGUUUUACAGCAUGACGUGCGCAUUGUGAUUUGUAAUUUAUGCGCGUAAUUUCGCGAUCGAACGUUUGUUCACCGCGAUGUCACAACGUCAGGCUGUUGUUGCAAAGUUUGUGUGUAUUUUUUUGUUUUGUUUAAAGAGAAGAAACGUAUACCUGUUAUUUUGUCUAUUACGAUAAAUAAAUUAUUGUCAAUACUCACAUCGAACAAAGUUUUACGUCACCCCUGAUUUCUCUAACAAACAAAAGAAAAUAAUUUUUCUGAUCGCAAAUACUCAAUCAACAGAUAAAUGUUAAUAUUGACGGUGAUUAACGUGCAGAUUAAUUAGCACACAAGAUAUGUGACGAGAUUAUGAUACAGAACUCGUUUUCGAUGUGCGUAUUUUUUUUUUCUUUUUUUUGACUGAAAUUGAAGAGAAUAAGAAAGAAAAAAAAUGAUCCGAAUGAUAUAAAUAUGUGCUAUAGUGAUAAAUACAAGAUCAAGAAUUUGUUUCGACGUAAUAAUCUCCGCGCGUUUUGCUUACGAGCUUUCGAUGAGCAAAUGUUUUAGUAUACGUGUACGUAUAUGUAUUUAACGUAUAUCUAUCUGUAAAUUUAAAAACAAAAGACAUGCCUAUACAUAUAUAUAUAUAUAUAUAUAUGUAUAUAAAUAUAUAUAUAUAUAAAAUAUAUAUAUGUAUAAAGUGUGGGCACUACACUUAACUGUAUAAAGAAAUGAAUGUAAUCAUAUCUUUGAGGCUGUACCUACAUAUAAUAUCGUCUCUUAUCGAUGGAUUCGAUGUCUGAUGGUUUUGUCUGAGCAGCAAUGAGGAUCGACCGACGUGUUCCGCUGUAUUUUUAGAUCCGUGGAGAAAUACCUAGCUGUGGAUAUUAACAAAAAGUCGAGACAAGAUGUUGUCAAUCCCUCUCACACUAUUUAUUGUAUCGUAACAAAAUACCAGAAAAUAAAACUCUGAAUUACAA